AUGUCGACACCGACAACGUCGACGCCUGUCAAGGGUGCUCCGGCUUCGGCGACAGAUAGCCCCGGCACCUGGCGCCAUCCUCGCCUCAAUGAAAUCACCCGGCGCCGCGAAGCCACGACCUUUUCCGAGAAAAAUGUCCGCCGCAUAGCCUACAACAUAAUCGCCCUGCUCUGCUUCUGGACGAUUCAGCUCCUCGUCAAAAUGUACAUCGGUCCAACAAGCGUCUCUCCUGCGCUUCGACUGUACAUUAGCUGGGCCUGGACCGUCGUCCAGCUCAUGCCGCUCGUGCAGGUGGCGCUCGCCUGCAUGCCGCUCUUCCGCGCCCGCGACGAGAUGACGGACAUUCCGCUGACCGACGCCCAGCGCAAGCUGCUCGGCCUCGCGCCCGCGCCGCCCGCGUCCUCCCCCGCAAAGGACCUCACGUUCAGCACGCCGCCGCGGUACUCGCGCACCCCGUCGAUUGCGGGCUCCGUCGGCAGCCGCGGCAGCUACACGAACUCGCCGCUGUCGGGCCGUGGCAGCCCCUUUCAGAACUCGACAGCUGGUGGCGGUUCGCCGUUCUCGCCGCCGGUGGACAGCCCGAUGCUGCCCAAGAGCGGCAGCAACCUGUUUGGGGCAGGCGCCAACAACCGCAGAUCCUCGUCGGGAAGCCCAUUCUCGGCGAGCACGUCGAUGAAUCUGUUUGGGGACCCAACUUCGCCGAGCCCGGCGGGCAAGCGGACGAGCGUGGGCUUGAACAGCAAGUGGCUGUACGAAAAGGGACGACGGUCAUCUGGCAGCGCAUGGGUGCAUUGA